AUGAAGAUUGGAAAAAAAGACUCCCUAGCUUCAUGGACGUCAAAUUGCAACAUCAAGCAAACUCAAUUUUCACUUAUCUACAUAAAUCAUAAAUGGAAACGACCAAGAAAAAAAGGAAAACUUCCCGGAGCCUUAAAUCCUUUUGAAGAUUUGGAAAACUCUCAAGCCGCAAUGUUUUCAGAUAAAAAUGAAUUUCUUUUUACAAAAACCGCUACGGACGGUUGA